UGAACUUUGAAUGUUGAUAGUUACAUUGCGAUGGGGUGGAGUGCAUAGAAGAAAUGCACCUGACAACCGCGGCGAGAAAAUGCAAGAGCCUAGUCCACCUCAAGCAACUCCACGCCCACAUCCUCCGAUGCCGCAUCAACGACACGCCGUACGCCCUCGCCCCGCUUCUCUCCGUGGCCGCCACCUCCUCCAACGACCCGUCGUUUUUCUCCUACGCCCGCUCCAUCUUCCGCCACCUCACCCACCGGCACCGCAACACCUUCAUGCACAACACCAUGAUCCGAGCCUUCGUCCAAAACCGUUCCCCCCUCCGCGCCCUCUCCUGCUAUGUCUCCAUGCUUCAAAACGGCGUCGCCGUUAACAACUACACGUUCCCGCCCUUGAUCAAGGCCUGCAUUCCGCUGCUUCCUUCCAGCCUCGUUGGCCGUUUGGUUCACGCCCACGUCGUUAAGUUCGGCUUUCGCCACGACCCUUACGUCGUCACUGCGUUUAUCGAGUUUUACUCCGCUUCUCGCGAGGUGGAAACGGCACGCCUGCUGUUUGAUAAAACGCCAGAGAAAGAUGUCGUGUUGGGGACGGCGAUGGUCCACGGUUAUGGCAAAAUGGGGAAUGUGGAAAGUGCCAGAGAAGUGUUUGAGGAAAUGCCUGAGAGAAACGCUGUGUCGUGGAGUGCCAUGAUGGCAGCGUAUUCUCAUGUUAGUGACUUCAGGCAAGUGCUGGCUUUGUUUUCUGAGAUGCAAAACGAAGGCACGAGGCCGAACGAGUCCAUCCUCGUCACGGUCCUCACUGCGUGUGCGCACCUGGGUGCGCUCACGCAGGGACUGUGGGUGCAUUCCUACGCCAAGCGAUUCGAUCUUGAAUCGAACCCAAUUCUGGCAACGGCUUUGGUUGACAUGUAUUCGAAAUGUGGAUGUGUGGAAUCUGCUUUGUCUGUUUUCGAGAGCAUUGUUGAUAGGGAUGCCGGUGCGUGGAACGCUAUGAUUUCCGGUGUUGCUUUGAAUGGCGAUGUAAAGAAAUCGCUGGAGUUGUUUCACCAAAUGGCUGCUUCUGGGACUGACCCCAAUGAAACUACGUUUGUGGCUGUCCUCACUGCUUGUACUCAUGCAAGGAUGGUUGAGCUAGGCCUUUGGCUGUUUGAAGAAAUGAGCAGCACUUAUGGGGUUGCUCCUCGAAUGGAGCAUUAUGCUUGUGUUGUUGACCUUUUGUCCAGGGCUGGCAUGGUAGAGGAAGCUGAGAAAUUUAUGGAGGAGAUGGGUGGACUCGCGGCUGGCGAUGCUAAUGUGUGGGGUGCUGUUCUGAAUGCGUGUAGAAUUCAUAAGAAUACUCAUGUUGGGAAUAGGGUGUGGAAAAGGUUGCUUGAUAUGGGCGUCACUGACUGUGGUACUCACGUUCUUACUUACAAUAUAUAUAGAGAAGCUGGGUGGGAUGCAGAGGCAAACAAAGUUAGGAGUAGAAUCUCAGAAACAGGGAUGAAAAAGAAGCCCGGAUGUAGCAUAAUAGAGGUAGAUAAUGAAGUUAAAGAGUUUCUUGCAGAAGAGAGUAAAAGUAAUCUGAAUCUGAAAGCAACUGAACUCAGGCUCGGGCUUCCUGGAUCACAGUCUCCUGAAAGGGAUUCUGAUCUUUGCUUAAGAAGCUCGACUCAAUUUGAUUAAAAACUGUUGUUUCCUUUGCGUCCUUUGACUGAUGAUCACCAUUCUUCAGCCAAGACUGCUGUUCUGGGAAACAAAAGAGGGUUCUCGGAUGCCAUGAACGGCUUCUCAGAGGGGAAAUUCCUAGCUAAUCCGGAGGCCAAUCCAAUACUAUCUCCAAGGCCUGCUUCAAACAUGGGAUUAAAACCUGGUUCUACCCCUGAGAAGGUUGUGACUCAGCAAACCAAAAUGAAAUAAGUAACAACAAGUGUUGGGCUUGAUAGGCCUCUUGCUGCCAAUGAAAAUAGACCAAAUCUUGAUGGUUCUGCAAAUAAUAAUAGCAGUGCACCAGCUACCAAGGCUCAGGUUGUGGGGUGGCCUCCUAUAUGAUCGUUCAGGAAAAAUUCAUUGGCAACUAAUUCAAAGAGCACUGAAGAAGUUGAUGGAAAAGUGGGGGUUGGUGCACUGUUCAUCAAGGUCAGUAUGGAUGGUGCUCCCUAUUUAAGGAAAGUAGACUUGAAGAAUUACUCUACAUAUCCAGAAUUAUCUUCUGCUCUAGAAAAGAUGUUCAGCUGUUUUAUUAUAAGUCAAUCUGGAUCUCAUGGAAUUCUGGUCAGGGAGAUGCUGAAUGAAACCAAGUUGAAGGACCUUCUUCAUGGAUCAGAAUAUGUUCUUACAAGAGGACAAAGAUGGCGAUUGGAUGCUUGUGGGUGAUGUUCCCUGGGAGUAAGUUCUAAUUCAUUUUUGUACUUGACUUUCCAUUGUCUUUUCUUUAAAAGAAUAUAUUCACAAAGAUAUCAACUUAUAUUCUAGAGGAUGUGUUUUCUUGUGA